ACAAUCCAUCAAUUCAACGAUGUUCCUUACCACCAUUCUCAGCACGCUUGCCCUGCUCCCUGGCAGUGUCCUGUCUGCCGAAUUCAACUUCACGGAUGUCUACUACUGGCGACGUCAGAAUAUCAACAACCAGGAAUUCCAGGUCUGGGAAAACAACAACCCCCUCAGCAAUGAAACUGGGGCAUGGUGCCAUGUGUCGUUUUCUGACACAUUGUUGAACUGGCCGACGGAUUAUAUACCUUGUGCCGAUUCGACUAGCUGGGACUGGUACGUUGUCAACUGGACACAUGAAAACUUCACUUUUGAGAUACGGCAUAACUUCACCGACUCAAGCACUCAGACAUUUCACCAGAGAUUCGCACGCUUCGUGGAAACAAACUACACCGAGUGUCAAACCGAUCUAAGGGGCACCACUAGCUGCACUUUCCCGUCCGGGGUUGCAGAGGUUUAUGACGAGAAAAUUACGCCCUUACCGUAAUGUAGAGCCCUUUUCGGAUAGCUCUAUACGAGGCACGAGUGUAAACAGGGGGCAAGGAGCAGAACAAUAGGCUGAGAUUACUAAGAGACGAAUCCUUGAAGAGGAUUCGUAGGCCUGGGUCGCACGUAAAUACCAUGUAACCCGGGCGAGAAUGCCAUGACUAUGGAGGCUGCUAUCUACCCAAGGCUUUGUGGCCUGACAAAUGUCUUGUUGAGAACUACAGUUGAUUUAGCUAUAAAAAGCAUUUUUCUUGCGUAAACAUCUGAUUUUCGUAGAAUCUACU